GACAGCCGCUGCGACCUAAAACAAUGACCGAGUGCGGAGCGGCCGUCGUUGUCCGUAGGCCGCUGUCGCCAAGAAAGUUUUUCGCCAUGCUGUACGAGACGGACGCGGUGACGGACGUCCGUCGUCCUGGGGUCUGCGGUGACGAAGAUCACGACGACAACAAGGACUGCGGCAAGCGACCGUGCUCGGGAUCCAGGAAAUCGCGGCCGCCCGUCCCUGCCACGGUCACCGCCACCACCGUGACCAAUCCCGCGCAGCAGACCGUCGUCGUUGUCCGGCCUGCCGCCGCGUACGUCGAGCACACGUUCGCCGCCGGUUUGACCGCUUUCCUGGAGAGGAGGCGACGAAAAGAAGGCCGAGCACCCCGUCGGCAGCGGACCACGUUCAGUCCGGAACAGACGCUGAGCCUGGAAAUGGAGUACAGGAACAACGAGUACGUGUCGCGGAACAGGAGGUCGGAGUUGGCCAACGCAUUGGACUUAACUGAAACCCAGGUGAAAAUUUGGUUUCAGAACCGCAGGGCCAAGGACAAGAGGUUAGAAAAGACUCAUUACGACCAGCAAAUCAGGCAGAUGUUCCAGCAAAACGGAUUCAUUUUGCCGAAGAUUUAACGGCUGUCGAUUAUAACGUACGCAAUGAUAACAAUUACGAUGGACGUUGUAAUAUACCGUAGUAUUGAUAAAAAAAAAAAAAAAAUUGAUUAUAUUAUAUUACUAGCCGUUGCUAGUCGCCCAUUCUACACGUUUCCACGACAGACAUGCUGCACGAAAAAAAGCAGAAAUCUUAUUAUGCACUUGUGUCAAUACCAAAUUCAGAUUAAGGGUGAGAGGAAAUCUUGGAUCUCAAAGGAACGCUUUCGGCGUCCAAAAAUAAAAGAGGUCCAUUACACAAUCAUCCUUAUUCGUUUGUUGUGGUCGUAUUACGUAUGUAUUAAUUAUUUUUUCAUAAUUUUUGUAUGAAUAUGUUUUCUAUUAAAUGUCGAUUUACUCAA